GGUCAGUUCGUAUGAUAUCUAAUGUAAAGUUCCUCCCCAUCUUGCGUGCGUUUUCCUACGAAAGCCAGCAACACGUGUCAUUAGUUACAUGCGUAUGAUCGUUUGAGAAUAUACUUCUGUUUUCACAGGAAACAACCCAAUUAGGUGUGAUUACCAAUAAAUAGGUAAUUAAUGAUUAAUUAUGGUAAAUGCCAAAACUACUUGGUUAGGUUUAGAAAAACCUGCCUGUCCUGUUUGCAUAGUGCACUUGUGUUUCACCGUAGUAUUUGUUCAAAACUCCUUAACUGACACGUGUUACCUAAUCCAACCUAAACGCCACAUCCUCUGACCCCCUGACCCCUAAUGGACCAAUAAACCCAGUUAUCGCCAUCACAGACCCCAUAGACCCCACAGAAGGAUCACUCACACACACACACACACACACACACACGCCUUCUCGGGAAACCCCUUUGUAUCUACCUCUUCCUAUCUGCCUUCCUCUUGCCUGAUGGAUUUAGCACACUAUACUCCCCGCAGCAUACACCAUCGACGUGUCCAUGCACGCCUCUGGUUGUUGGAAGUCAUAUUUACACCAACUCCUCCAAUUGGCACAUUUCCUUUAGUUUUUUUAACGACAUAUCCACCUGUUUGUUGCAGAUUUUGCAGCAGUAUUUUAUACAAUUUAUGCAGGCCCUGACAAGAAAAAACAAAUCUUUGGUCAGUCAGGGCCAUGCAGUUUUACAGACACACACACACUUGCACACGCCUCACACACAUUCGCCGGUCGAAGUGGACUUCCUCAUAUUGUUCAGCAUGUUGAUGCAGGAAAUCGCGUUGAUUGAUAUCCCCCCCGUAGCUCACACUGGAUUAGACGUUCGGGGUGUCGUUGCAACUUUUGAAUGUGUGUGUUUCUGCCCCCUUUGGUCUCAGUCAACUAAGACUUCUUUGCUCGAUCAGAAAUCUUUUUUUUAAUGCUUUUUCAUGACUGUUUUUUACUUAUUAGUGGCACAAAUGUAAACUCUUAGCUUUUCUUGAAAUGCUACUCGGGUACUUCUUUCUAUCCACAUUUGCACAGUGUCAUAUUUGUUAUCUCCUUGCGAAGGGGGAAAAACAGGGAGGAAUUUCAUGGUGACACACACACUUUGCAACAUGCAUUUCCUUAUGAGAAAAUUCAAGUGCUGUGACUCUGUACUUUUUUUCAAGUUUUGCUUGCCAGCUGUACAGGGAACAAACUCUGCAGGUGCUUUCCUCGCUCUUCCAAUUUCUCCAGGUCUAUAUGCAAGAGAGGAUGAGACACAUAGAGGAUGCUAUCGUAGGUUGGGGAUUUCCAAUCAAGCAGACUAACACACACACGCACACACUCUGCUGCACCGCUUCUCUCUUGCUUUACGUACGAACGCACUUCCACAAGUCGCUGUCAGGUCCUUCCUGUUUUGUUUUUUCUCUGAGAUUUCUGCAGCGCGCCUGAACGGAAACGAGCGCUCCUGUUUUCGGGGGCCGCAUUGUUUGAGAGACUCCGGCUGACCACCGCGAUGCACUGUGACGGCUGCCCCGCACAGGGAAGGCAGAUAUGUAUCACUGGCGAAACUCAGAUCAGGAACCUAAUUCACAUCAACCGUAUAGUCAACAGUCAUAGGGGAAGUUUGCUUCACUGGCAUGUGGCCUUAGCAUCUAUGAAACACCCACAAUGCACGUGAGACAUGACCAACAAGGCCCCCUGGGAUAACGCAAGCAGUACGUGCAGCAUGGAGCCUCCAGCCGGCUGCUCCCCCACAGUUCCAGAGCCAGAACUCUACCGCAGCGUCAUGGCUAUCCUGCCCAGGGAAAGGGACAACCAGCAGCCCCAAGACUGUCUCAACAAAGGCAUGCUGAGGUGGACGCUUCAUAAGAAGGUUCAAAACAAUCCUGUGAACGGCUUAUCUCUGGUGUGGGUGCUGAUAAAAGAGCUGGAAAAGGCUGAGAGGUGGGACUCUCGCAAAUGCAUCAUCCCUCUGCUCCACACACUGAUGUAUGCCAUCAUUCAGACAGCCUACAUUCCAGAUGAGCUGUACAAGCGUGUUUACGACUUUUGUAAGAGACUCCUGACCUAUCCCCAUCCCUACUGCACUGUGGGCUUCAGCUACACGAGACAGAUCAAAACUGAACGCUCCAUUCCAGGUCUGAUGUACCAGAGGAUGGUGACAGCCGAGCAGAGACUAAAAAAUGAGCACUAUCCCUUUCAGGAGAGGGUCUUCAUCCUGGCUGACCCACAAGUCUUCUCUGCCUCUUUGGAGCAAGUGCUGUCGGGUGAUAUUGGGACGUCCUCUUCAGCUGCAGAAGGAUCUCCGAGUCCUUUCGAUCACAUGUGCAUCGUGGUCCAACACUCCAUACAGGCUGCUUUAGGAGCGGAGCAGUGCAACGGGCCCAGACUGGCUCGAGCCCUGAAGGACAUGGGUCAAGAUGUCGAGUCGCACUUUCAGGAAGUGUUGGCGGCUCUGGAGCAGAGCGCGGAGGAGGGCGGCAGAGGGGAGGGGGGAGCGCUGAGGAGCCGUCUUCAGCGGCUGUACAGCGUGAUCGUCACGGAUGCGGACUCGGAGCCAUUGUCCGGUGGACGACUGUGCGACUGCCCUCCUCCGAACCCAGAUAUGAGCUUCCACAUGUGGACGGAGGAUCUGGAUAUCUGGCGAGUGCUGGCCAAGUGGUUUCGAUCCAGCUCCAUGUCGGAGCAGUUCUCCCUCAGCCAGGAGCUGGAGGACGUUGAGCUGGGUGAGUCGCCCGGCGACCUGAUGCCGCCCGACAUGACUCGCUUCUCCGUCAUGUCCAACGACAGCGGCAUCGAAAGAGACCUGCCCCCUGGCGCCGAUCCCCCCCCAUCACCAUCUCUGGACUCUGCCGGCAUGAGUGCAACAUGGGAACAAUGCAAAAGCGAGCAAGAGUCGGGGAGGCUGUCACGGCGUGGAGGCAUCAAGAUGAAACCAUCGGUGAAGGACGGCAUGGUGCUGAUGCAGGACACCCUGGAGGAACACGCAAGCCUCGGCGGAGGAGGAGGAGGAGGAGGAGGAGGAAGUGGAGGGAGGGGAGGAAGAAGAGGGGCGACUCUGCAGAGGCGGGCAGGAAGCUACGCGAUGCAGAACCCCUUCUCCAAGCAGCAGAGACACUUUACUGCCAGGAUAGUCGCCAUGGGAGACGACAGGGUAAUGGGUCGCCUGGCCAAGGCCUACUACCUCUUCAGGAAAAGGGAAGCGCGGAGGCUUUUUCUUACAAUGAAAGUAAACCUCCAGUUUUACUACAUCCCUGUUUGCGGGGUAACGACUCCCGUCUCCUCUAUCAAGGAAAACCUCCAUCGAUCCAAGGAAAACCCCUGCACUCUUGGUUCCUACUUGAGCAUGGUGGAUCCGUGGUACAACUCUAACAUCAAGAGUUUAGGCUGCAUGAUCCCCAAACUGGCAAAGAUGCAACAGAUUAACCCAGGGACGUCAAAAGAGCCCUUUGUGUCUGAUGUAAUUUCCUACUACGUCCGGACCGGCCAGCAGCCGGUCUACUUCACCAUCUACUUUGUUAAGAUCACGUUCACCAGCAUGACAAGGGAUCCCGUGGAAGAUGUGUUUCUCACCCAUCUAGAAAUGGAGUUUCCUGAGUUCAGACAGAUCUCAGCAUCAAUUAGAGAUAAACAGAAGAAGAGCUCGGGGGAGGCGUGCGGGGCGAUGGUCUCAUUGAAUUACAGAAAGGUGACAUUAAGUGGCCGAGACGUUGACAAAGCAAUGUCAUUCAGGACGACAGGCGCUCAGAUCACUCCUAUUCCCUCCAAUGAGGCAGAAGAUCUGAACUGUUUGACCAUGACACUGAAUGAACCUCCAGCAAAAAACAAAAACAACGUUGUGGAGUCAAAGAUUCGUUCCAGCAACAUUAAGAUUCGCACUUUGGAGAGUCGACAUUUCACUGUUACACUGGACAGAGACUGUCGCAGGAGCUACAGAGAUGUGCAGAGCGUCGAGAUCUCCCCGUGUCUUGAUCCCGGAUACUGCGUCCAGAAAACCAUUAGGUCCAAAUUCAAGUUGGGAGAGGUCAAAGAAGCGGGACUGAGCAAAUACAUGAACAAAGGCCUCCCUCUACCGAUCAACACAUUUGCCGGCAUCAUCACCUGACGUGGUGGAGUAAACCCCCGCAGAUGAAACUUGAGAAUUAACACCAUCAGCGCUGUGCUUUGAUCGCGGGAAUGGCUGUAAGGCCAGUCUGACACAUGAAGAGACGAAAGGAAAAUCUGGUUUUCUCAAAGUCACCAUGUGGCGAGGCAGAUUUUAAGUGCUGAUGGUAACAGUGACUCUACUUCAUAGACACACUACCUUUUACUGCCUUCUUCACACACACACACACACACACACACACAAUACACACGAAGGAAUGCAGACCAGUCCGGUCUGUCAGCGACUAAAACGCUCCGAUAGAUGAAAGACUGUUACGAUGACAGCUGACAGUUAACUGUUGCCUUCGUCUUUGCUGAAUCCCUCAAAAAUACACUUGCCAUUCCCGCACCUGUUGCGUAAUGCAAGCACGUCAUGAAGUUGUUUGGAAACGCUCUGGAAAGCUUCAAGAACCACACUAUGAAGUCAGAGCCACGUGACAGGAAACGCCGCAGAACAGAAGAAGCAGCUUUUGUGUGUUACUGUAUCUGACGGACAGCCUGAUGUGCAUAAAGAAUGUUAGUCUUGAGAGUCACCGUCUACUGGCCAGACGUGCAGGAUUCUGUGUUCCAUGCUUGAUUAUUAUACAAGACAAAGAGCUAAACUUGCGCACAUGCCAGUAAUUAUCUCAAAUGCAUCAUCAGCCUUGAGGUGGGAGAAUCACCUCUGACCUCCAUCCACUCACUGCCGUUUUGUUCGAUGAUGCAUAAAUGUCCUCAACUGAAUGUAUUUGCACUCAUUUUUUAUUGUUAUUUGUGAAGCUGAAGUGUGUAAAGCAUGUAAUAUGACUACAUGCGUUAUUACGUCAUUACGUAAAUAUGAAAAAGAUAAAGAUAAUUGCUUUUGCCACAGAGUUAUUAGAUUAAAUAGCCAAGAAUGGCUAACAAGCUCAUUUUUUAUGCCCCCCCCCUCCCCGGGUAGGAUCUCAUGCAAAGGUCAACCGCCUCAUGAACUGGAUGUGAUGUACUGCACAACAUAAAAUCGUGUUGGUGUGUGUGUGUGUGUGUGUGUGUGUGUGUGUGUGUGUGUGUGUGCUAGCCAGGCAGGGUAAAAAUUAUGAGUUUGAAAUUCAUGAUACAUUUUGCACAUUAUGCUUCAUCUAAUCAUCCAUAUAUAUUGGACCCCAUUAAAAUCUAAAUGUAAUUGUGUAAAUACAUGGUUUUGUUUUGUAAAACAGUGUUGUGUUUUAUAAUAAAUGUGGUACAUCUCAGUACCUUUUGUUUG